CCCACACAACAGACACAAAGCCUCAGUCCCAGACAGUCUCCGUAUCAAAGAACACAACACCGACACGACAAGCAUACAAUUCCACUCGAGAAUGAUUUCAAAGAUCAAGAUCUGGAGCCGCUCGCCGAUGAUUCCGGCCAGGGAUCACGGGUCAGCGAUCCUUCCGCCGGCAGAUCGGCCCGAACCCAUUCCGGAGCUGUGCGAGGAAAGGCCCGUGAUGGGAUGGCUGCUCGGCUGGGAAUACGGAAGGAAGUGGCUGGAGAGGCGCGAGGAGAUCCAGAGGCACCGCAACAUGGUCAGCAAGUUCGGCAGGAUUCCGGCGGACUUCGGCUGGUGGAUCAACCAGCGCAGGCCCCUCUAUGUGCGUCAACAGCGAUUCCGGAGCAAGGCUGGACCUCGUGCCCGGAAACAGAUCACGGCCUUCGAGAUGGCCAAGCAGAGGCGUGAGGAGCAGAACCGCAAGCUAUUGGAGAGCCAGCCCAAAAACCAGUAAAACACACACUCAUAAUAUCCAACCUGCCAAUCGAAGGGUAAACUCCGUCAAAAUUGCUAACAAACAACCAAACAACUGUAAAUGUACGAGUACAACUAUGCAAUCGCAGUACAAAGAACUCCCUAUGAUGAUGCGCCAAUAAACACAGUUAGAAUGUUGAA